CCAAGCGCCACACCACUGACUGCUCCCCAUCUUCGCAAUUUGCCGCACCAGGCUGGCAGAUCACUCGCAGACACGCCCGAGAUAGCCCGUGAUCACGAGGCAAGAGUCACGAGAAGGUGGUACGCAGACUGCAGACGUGCAACCAUGCCAUCAGCCCCGCGCGGUCGCGUAAGGCCGCACGUCUCGCUGGACGCUCAGCUCCAAGCACUCACCCUCUUCACGGAUCUGGACGCGGAUUCGGAGAAUUUGGAGCAGCUAGGUCCAAUCAUCAAAUCUUUGGACGAGGCAGGUCAAUCGGAUGCCUUUUUGAGGAGGUUGCACGAAUUUGUGAAAGAGAAGGAAGAUGAGAUAGAGAGGAUAUGCAAAGGCAAUCACGAGGAUUUUGUCAGCGCUACGGAUAGACUGUUGAAAGUCAGAAGCGGUACCGUCAGUCUGAGACAUCGGAUUGGCGAGCUGAACGAAGAGGUCAAAGCUGGCGGAGAGAGCUUGAGCGCAAAGAAAAAAUCACUACGUGAGACGAGACAGGUAGGGGCCAAUCUCGACGAAGCGAUCGAGACGUUGCAGCUCUGUCUGAGAGUGCUCGACAUGACGAGCCGAGUAGAAGGUCUGAUCGAGAAUCGUAGAUACUACGCGGCACUUCGAUCUCUGGAAGAGUUGCAGACGGUGCAUCUCAAGCCCGUCUUGCAUCACGAGUUCGCGCGGCACAUGCUCGAUUCGAUACCCGCGAUGAGGGAUGCGGUCAGAUCAGCAGUCACUUCAGAGAUGAAGGAGUGGCUCUACGAAGUCAGGCUUAAAGGUGGGAAAGUGGGAAAGCUAGCCUUGGACGCUAUGGAGGCGAGGCAAAAGAGGUGGAGAAUCAAGAGCUCGAAGGAUCCAAUGCUUAGCAUCGCCAAAGUCAACAGUCCAAUCGAGCUGGUUGUCAACGAGCGCGUCGAAUACAACUUUGUGGACAACGAAGAGGUCCGAAUCGACUUCAAACCGUUGUAUCAAUGCAUCUUGAUCUACGACUCGAUGGACAUGCGCGAGCAGCUGCAGAUGAGCUAUCAGGAAGAUCGCAGGCUGCAAGCGAGCCUUCUCCUAUCGCAAGGUCUUACAUUCGACCCCGUCAAUCCGACUUUCCCGCUAGUCUUACAGGAGGUAGUCGGCUACUUUCUCGUAGAGCAUCAUGUCCUCCAGACUAGUUCGCCUGGUUUUAGAUCCGAAGCGGAAGUGGACGACCUUUGGGAUAACAUGUGCGAGAGGGUAGUAGACAUCGUCAGUGUGGGGCUCCGGGACUGUAGAGAUACCCAGGUGUUUGUAAACACCAAAGCGGUCAUCCAAACCUUUAUCAUGACGCUGGAAGGCUGCUCUUUCACCGUCACCAAGCUCAACGCUCUGCUGUUGACGCUCUUUGAGCGGUACGCGCAACUGCUCAGAGAUCGUUUUUCGGCCGAUUUCCAGCAGGCCGUCAAAGACGCCGAGCACCAGCCAAUGGUUGUGGAAGAUGCCGAUGAGCUCAACAAGGUCCUGAAUGUCUGUUGGCUGCGAGCCGGAGAAGCCGAUAAAUUGCGGCAACGAGCUUUCCCCCUGGCGCUACCGUUCUCUCAGACUUAUCCGCUUUGCUGCAUGGACAUCCGGCACUUAGUCGACGAGUAUUACACCUUCUCCGACGGCUUUUCGCAGUAUCACCGAGAUAUUGACGACAUCCUCAAGAAGUCGCUGGACGAGUUGCUCAUUCAACAGGUCAGCAGCAGCAUUCGAGCAUCGGUCGAGUCUACGUCAAACCUUUCUCAGAUAGCCCAGAUCGUGGUGAAUGCGGAGCACUUCAAACUAGCCUGCACGUCCCUCGAGGGCCUGUUGGCAGCUUUGCGCGCACCUCAUCGAGGGGGUAGACUCAGAUUGGAUGCGUCGAGCCAUUUCAGCCAUUCCUUGGAUUUGGCUCAAAAGAGAAUCGACGCGGCCCUAGCUGCCAAGUUGACAGAAUUCAUUGGGAUGAGCGAAUUUGAGCCUACGCCUGCAAAAGAGGACACGACGGAGAGGGAAUGGAUCGGAGAAAUGAGCAGAUGGAUAGGGACGAUGAUGGAAAGCGUCUUGGUGCUGCUGCCCACAGAGACCAAGCUGCUGCAUUACCAAUCCGCAUACGCUUCCAUUGCUUCCGUCUUGCUCAACGAGUACGUUCUGGACAAGGACACGCCAGCGCUGAAUAUUUCCGCUCUCCGAAACGUGUUGGCGGAUGUGGAAGCUUUGCGGAAAGAGGCGUCCAGAAUAGACAAGAGCAUUGACAAAGUGUUUGAUGAGAUUCGACAGACGCUCUCCAUACCUCUGAACGAUGCGGUGUCAGAUUAUGUGGGCGACGCUCGAUCAAGAAGCUCAAAGUAUCCAGCGGUUCAAGCGGUCAAGUUGGCUGGUGUGCUGGAAAGGUUGACCAAGUGGCAUGCGGGUAGAGGACCGAGCGAGAGCGACCUGAUGAAUCGGAGAAGCAGAGAGAAGGAUAUGGUGGGGAGAUUGGUCAGGAGGUAACAAUGAAUACCCUGUUGCACCGUCCCAGACUACUUUGACUUUCACUGUAAUAGUAAGACCUAAACAGACGCAAUCAGA